GCUGACGUCACGCAGUCAGGUGGCGCUCCCAGCUCCGUCAUCAGCAGAGGCCGGUGUUCUAGCUGGCAGUGCUGGAGGCGGUGUAGCCGGAGUAUGGUUAGCAGUGCCAGCUGGGUGUCCGGACAGUCAGUGCACACAGCUCCCUCUGGUACAGGGAAGCAGAGCGGCCGCAGACCGUGAUUCCCCUCAUUGGAUCCGCUUCUCCCAGUCCCCCCUGAUGAGGGGGCAGUGCACGGCGCCGGCUUCCUGUUAGACUGUGGAGGUGGCAGCCUGGGAACCCAGCGAUGGAGGAGAAGUACAGCAGCAAUGUGAUGAGCAGCGGCCGGCUGGGACCAGUAGAUAACCCAGAGUCCAGGUUGACCAGGUACAUAGCACUUCUCUGCUUCACCAAGUUCUUAAAGGCCCUGGGUGUCUUUGAGUCAUAUGAUCUACUUAAAGUUGUUCAUAUUGUACAGUUCAUCUUUAUAUUAAAAGUAGGGUCUGCAUUUUUUAUGGUUUUGUUUCAAAAGCCAUUUACGUCUGGGAAGACCAUUACAAGACGCCAGUGGAUCAGUAUUGUAAAACAUGCCCUGGUCAGCUGUAUUAUUUCACUCCUUUGGUUCUUUGGCCUCACUGUCUGCGGGCCUCUAAGGACCUUGCUGCUUUUCGAACACAGUGAUAUUGUUGUCGUUUCUUUGCUUACAGUGCUCUUUACUGGCUCAGGGGGUGGACCUUCCAAGACUCGAGGUGCUGUAUUUUUCAUUGUUGCAGUUAUUUGCCUUUUGCUGUUUGACAAUGACGACCUGAUGGCUAAAAUUGCUGAACACCCUGAAGGACAUCAUGACAGUGCGUUAACACACUUCCUAUACACAGCUUUCUCACUCCUGGGAGUUGCUGAUCAUAAGGGAGGAGUACUGUUGCUUGUGUUGGCUUUAUGUUUCAAUGUUGGUUUUCACACAGCUUCCCGAAAGCUCUCUUUAGAUAUUGGUGGAGCCAAACGUCUUCAGGCUUUGUCUCACCUUGUCUCUGUCAUAUUACUGUGCCCAUGGGUCAUCGUUCUCACUGCGACUACAGAGAGCAAGGUAGAGUCCUGGUCCUCUCUGAUCAUGCCUUUCACUACAGUGAUUUUCUCUGUCAUGAUUUUGGAUUUCUACGUAGAAUCAGUUUGUUCGGUUAAGAUGGAACCAUCUAAACGUGCCCGUUAUGGAUCCUUCCUGAUUAUUAUUAGUGCCCUUCUACUCGGAAAUUUCUGGACGCAUCCAAUAACUGACCAGCUUAGAGCCAUGAAUAAGCCUGCACACCAUCAGAGUACUGAGCAUGUCCUCUCUGGUGGUGUAGUAGUGAGUUCCAUUUUCUUCAUGUUGUCUGCAAAUAUUUUGUCCUCGACAACCAGAAAGGGACAGAAAGGAACCUUAGUUGGUUACUCACCAGAAGGUACACCACUCUAUAACUUCAUGGGAGAUGCUUUGCACAGUACAUCGUCAUCAAUGCCCAGGUUUAUAAAAGAUUCCCUAAAACAGAUCCUUGAAGAAUAUGACUCAAGGCAGAUCUUCUACUUCCUGUGUCUAAAUCUGGCAUUUACGUUUGUGGAAAUUUUUUAUGGAGUGUGGACUAAUAGUCUAGGUUUAUUGUCUGAUGGGUUCCAUAUGUUGUUUGACUGCUCUGCGUUAGUGAUGGGCCUUAUUGCUGCCUUAAUGACUCGGUGGAAGGCAACACGCAUAUUCUCUUAUGGGUUUGGACGAGUAGAAAUUCUGUCUGGCUUUAUCAAUGGGCUAUUCUUGAUGGUGAUAUCGUUUUUUGUGUUUAUUGAAGCUGUGGCUAGACUGUUUGAUCCCCCUGACAUUAAUACAGACAUGUUAACACCAGUCUCAGUUGGAGGACUCUUGGUAAACCUAGUUGGAAUCUGUGCUUUUAGUCAUGCUCACUCCCAUGGGGCUUCUCGAGGAGGAUGUCCAUCUCAUGAACAUGGGCAUUCUCACCAUGGACAUAGUCAUGGACAUGGCCAUGGUCAUUCGCACAGUGACCAUGGACAUAAUCACAACCACAGUCACAACCAUGGACACUCCCACGCAUCCGGUGGAGGAGGCAUGAAUGCCAAUAUGCGAGGUGUGUUUCUACAUGUGUUGGCUGACACUCUUGGAAGUGUAGGAGUGAUUGUAUCAACCAUACUGAUUCGACAAUUCGGCUGGCUGAUAGCUGACCCUCUGUGCUCACUCUUUAUCGCUAUUCUGAUAUUCGCCAGUGUUAUCCCUCUACUUAAAGAUGCCUGUGAAGUGAUUCUUCUCCGGAUACCACCGGAAACUGAAAAAGGAAUAAAUAUCGCCCUUGAAAAGAUUUCAAAAAUAGAUGGUUUAAUCUCUUAUCGGGAUCCACAUUUUUGGCGCCAUUCAGCAUCUGUUGUUGCAGGAACCAUACAUGUGCAGGUGAUGUCUGAUGUUGUGGAACAAAGAAUUAUCCAGCAGGUAACGUCAGUGCUUAAAGACGCUGGAAUCAACAACCUUACUGUCCAAGUGGAGAAAGAAGCUUAUUUUCAGCAUAUGUCCGGUCUUAGUACAGGCUUUCAGGAUGUCCUAGUCAUGACAAAACAGAUGGACACAGUUAAAUACUACAAAGAUGGAACUUACAUCAUGUGAAUGAAGACCAACAUUUCCAGUAUUUUUCACUGUUGUCAAUGAGCGGGUGGGAGAGGGGGAAUAUUUGCACAUAAAUGUACAGAAAUGUUAUUAUAGAUCUGGAUUUUAUAAGUCACAUUUAUUCUGUCUUUAUUGAGACUGAAUCAGGAUGUUUUAUAUCAGACUCUGGUCUUCUUUAUAUGGUCAUAAUUUGGGGCUUGAUUCGGAGGUAUGUUGUAUAUUGUGUUUAUUAAAUCUUAUAAUGGUCUCUCUGGAAGAGCAGGUGCAUUUUACCAUUCCUGAAUCAUUUUGUAUCGUUUAAAUCUGCCAACUGCUUUUGCUCUGGUAGGUGGAAAAGAAAACACACAGAUAAGAAGAAGAAGAAGACAUUUUAAAUUGUAUUGUUUUAAGGGUAUUUUGUUUUUAGGUUUUUUUUCUAAAAAAAAAAAAAAAUCUUUUUCUUUUUCAUUGUGCCUUUGAAAAUAUUUUGUGAUUUAAUCACAAAUCUGCCCAUGUUUUACUUAUGCUGAAGUAUGUUUUUGUUUUUUUGUUACAAAAUAGCCUCUGCAAAAUAGUUAGAAUUUCAAGUUAGUACAUAUGGUAUUUAUUUUUCACUGUAACCAUAAUGAUUUACAAGGCACGUCUGAGAGUUAGUUGCCUUUUCACAAGUGGUCAUUUUCUAUGCUGUGAGGGUGGUUGAAAUGUUCCGCAUUGAAUACAGAAAAGCUAAAUUUAGGUCAGUAUAGCUGCAUGGAGAAAAUCUCUAAUUUAAAUAUUUUCAAGUUUUUAUAAAUGUUUUGGACUUCACUUUGCUAUUUUAUUUUCAAUUCACUGUUAAGUGGAUUCAUUCUAAAAUCAACCAUCUGCUCAGCAUGGUUAUGAAAUAACCUGCUUUAAUUGUCAUUUUUACUAUUUCCUGAAUCAAGCUUUAUACUUUCUAGAUUAUAUGCAAUGAUUGUGUAAAGAAGACUCUGACCCAAAUAUAAUCAAUAUUUUCACAAAGCAUUAAAAUAAAGCAAAGUUUUGUUUAAUUUAAGAAACGCAUUUCAGCUCUAACCUUAAAGGAGCACUACAGAGUCAGGAACACAAACCUAUAUUCCUGACCCUAUAGUGUUAAAAACACAAUCUUCCCUUCCCCCCACCACAUGGCCCCCAUGCUUUCCUGAAUAUAUUAAAAUAUUACCUUUAUUCCAGUCUGCUGGUGCUGGUUCUGCCUAUGACCUGCCACCUUGGCUGACAUUAUCAGAAGUGAUCUCUGCCAAUCACAAUGCUUUCCCAUAGGAAAGUAUCGGAUUGACUGAGAUGGUCAAUUCUGAUGAUCUCAGCCAAGGAGGGUGGGCUGGGGUACAGAUACAAUUGCCGCCCUGGCCAUUCAGCAUCUUCUAAUUGAAAUACAUUGAAUCAAUGCAUCUCUAUGAGCAGAGUUCAGUGUCUCCAUGCACAGUGUGCCUUCAGGGACUGACUGUAGACACGAGGGACUGACUAGACACUGUAGUGUCCCUUUAACAUCAAAUAGGGAACACAAUUCUUGCACAUUACAAAAGAUUCAUGUGUUCUAUCUAUUUAAUAUUACCAAUCA